AAGGGAGAUCUUGGGUCCUAUGCAUCAUGACAUUCUCCCAAGAAGUCUGAACUGGAUCAGUUUCUGCUCGAGUACGCGACACUUCGUACAUUACUCGAAUUUUUUAAAAACUUUUUUAAAAGCAAAGUACACAGGUAUAACAGAAUUUCGAAUAAUUCAAGUGAUCCUCGCAAGUGGGGUUAGGAUCGUAUAGUGUCUAAUUAAAACGGAAUAUAGUAGCAGGCAUGUUGAUGUUACGUGCCUUAGGAGUCCUCUUAUCCAUAGCAACGAUAAGGGCUGCUCCACUUGCUAGCGUUCAUGUUAAAUUUGUUUCGCCUCCACAUACUUACGAGCACGGAUUGACGACUCAUGAUGGAAAUACCAUAGCGCAAAAAUCGUAUCUCUCUGUGGGACGAAGGAAUCUGAGUAAAGACCAACAUGGUACAGUAUUACUAUCAAAAAAUCUCGAGCAGACCGAAUACACUGGUAGACGUACUGGUAGGAUUUUACGUGGUCGCGUAAUAAAGCCUGAAAAUGCCGAAUCCUUAUGGCCGAUUGGUGUUUUCAUUCCUCCGGUAGAUACGAACGAUCUGGGUUACAGUUCACAGGAUGCAGCUGGACAUAUGACUCCGGAUUUCUCAAACGGACUUGAACAUCCUGAUCCGUUUCUUCUGACUGGCGAAGAAGCAGCGUUAGCUGUGAAAUUGAUUUAUGGACGUGGCGAACUUUUCUGGGACAAUUAUCCACACGUGAGGGCUUUGCUUAGAAAUCAGGAAGAACGCAUACGGAAUGGCCUUCAAGGCCACAUUCUGAGUAGUCUCAGGCCUGAUUCGCCGUUUUACAGAAGUGUUCAAUAGCGUAGUACUGGAAAAUAAUUUUUAAUAAUAAUUAUUUAUUCCAAAUCCUUUAACGUUAACAGGUUGUCCUAAAAGUGAAUACAGUGUAAUACACCAGAACACGGUCAUCUAGUUUUUUAUACAUUUUUCUUUCAAAUCAAUAAUUAUAAAUUAUGUAGACGUCCCUACGUUCUCCUCGAAUAAAUCAACUAAUACUUCUAGA